AUGCAGUUCAUGUUCAAUAUAUUUUUCAUAUUGGUUUUGGAAGAAUUUCUUCUAACAAAAAUUAUUUCAACUCAAACGGAUUCAAUUGUUGAUUUAUAUAAGAAGAUCAGUGAAAAAGGUUCGUUAGUUGAUGGAUUAUCACUUAAUAAUCAAGCACAAAUAAAACUUAAAACUAUUAAUACAAUUCGAUUAUUAUCAUUAACAUCAAUAUCAAUGAAUAAUUCGCGAUUAUUAUUUAAUAUUAGUUUGGAUAAAAUUCAAAUAAAUGAAGAAGUUAAAUUAAUUGAAUUUCGUUUGAAAUUAAAAUCGAAAAUAAAUAAAAAAAAAUUAUUCUUAAUUAUAAAAAAUGAUAUUUCUAAGAAGAAAAAAAGAUUUCGUCCAAUGAUUAUUUCAAAAGAUGAAAGUGAAUAUCUUUCAUAUGAUUUAACGGAUUAUUUAAUACAUAAUUCAUCAAAACAAAUAUUAAUAAUUCGACGACAAUUAUGGAUAAGAAAAUAUCUUGAAGAAGCAUCUCUUGUUAUUUAUUCACGUACACCUGGUGGUUUUAUUCUUCCAUCAUCAUCAUCAAAUAUAAGAACAAAACGAACAAUUAAACAAAUAACAACUGGUCCUUGUUCAAGACAUGAUCUAUUCGUUGAUUUUGAUCAAUUAUCAUUCGGUGCAUGGGUUGUUGAACCAAAAAAAUUCAAUGCUGGUAUAUGUCGUGGUGAUUGUCCAAAUCCAUUAUCACGUUUAUAUUAUCCAACAAAUCAUGCAAUGUUAUUAAGUCUAUUACAUGAACGAGGUAAUUCUAUUCAACAACCAUCUUGUGUACCUGUUCGUCUUCGAUCACUUGAUUUACUUUAUUAUGAUCAUCGAGAAUUAAUUAUUAAACGACAUCAAGGAAUGCAAGUUGUAGAAUGUGGUUGUCGAUAA